AUGCGGCUGCAGGCGGAGGGAGCGGCGGCCGGAGCUGCCGGUGAGUCCGGACGCGGAGGAGGGCGGGGAGGGGAAGGCAAGGCCAGCGGUGCCACCUUCGCCUUCGUCUUCCGGCGGUCCCCGCGGACCGGCGACCUAGUUCAUACAACAGAAAGCCUUCGGCAGUCAAAAUUAUCUGCUGUAAAAGCAGAAAAAGAAAGUGCCAAUUUUGAGUUUGUUUUGGAACCCUAUAAACUUGAAAAUGCAAAAUUGAGUAAGGAAAAUAAUGAAUUAUACCUGGAGUUAAUGAAACUGAGAGAACACUCAGACCAACACAUUAAAGAGUUGAAAACUACAGUGAAGAAGUGUGCACGUGAAACAGCUGAUCUAAAAUUUCUGAAUAACCAAUAUGUUCACAAACUCAAACUUUUGGAGAAAGAAAGCAAAGCUAAGAAUGAAAAAAUUCAACAACUUCAAGAAAAGAAUUUGCAAGCUGUAGUACAAACUCCAGGUGGCAAGAAAAGAAGUAUCGCUUUUAGGCGCCAGCGUAUGCAAAUUGAUGAGCCAGUCCCUCCCUCUGAAGUCAGUUCGUAUCCAGUUCCACAGCCAGAUGACCCGUACAUUGCAGACCUCCUGCAAGUGGCUGAUAACAGGAUUCAAGAACUUCAACAGGAAGUCCACCAGUUACAAGAGAAGUUAGCAGUGAUGGAAAGUGGAGUGAGAGAUUAUAGUAAGCAGGUUGACUUUCUUCAGCAAGCUAAUAAAGACCUGGAGAAGCAUAUACAAGAACUUAUGGCAACCAAGGAAACGGUGACAUCUGAAGUUGUUAAUUUAAGUAACAAAAAUGAAAAACUCUGCCAAGAAUUAACUGAAAUAGACCAGUUAGCACAGCAGUUGGAAAGACAUAAGGAGGAAGUCCUCGAGACUGCUGAUAAAGAACUUGGGGAAGCAAAGAAAGAGAUUAAAAGAAAGCUCUCUGAAAUGCGGGAUCUUGAAGAAACAGUGGCAAAACUGGAACUGGAAUUAAACUUAUGCCAUAAAGAAAAGGAGAAACUGAGUGAUGAACUCCUUAUAAAAUCAGACCUGGAAACUGUUGUUCAUCAGCUUGAACAAGAAAAGCAAAGACUUAGCAAAAAAAUUGAAAAUUUUGCAGUUACAGAAAGAGAACUAACUUUGGAAGUUGAGAGGAUGAGACUAGAACAUGGAAUAAAACGUCGAGAUAAAUCACCUUCUCGUUUAGAUACAUUUCUGAAAGGUAUAGAAGAAGAACGAGAUUACUAUAAGAAAGAGCUAGAAAGACUCCAACAUAUAAUACAGCGACGAUCUUGCCCUACAAGUUAUAGUGCACGUGAAAAAAGUUCAAUAUAUAGAACACCAGAAAAGAAUAUCCAGGAAAUGAGUCUUCAUGGAAAGUCAGAAUUAGAGAAAACUAUUGAACAUUUGACAUGUGUUAACCAUCAGCAGCUACAGCGGUCCCUUGAUGACUAUCAGCAUCGACUUUCCAUAAAGAGAGGUGAACUUGAAUCAGCCCAAGCACAAAUUAAAAUACUGGAGGAAAAAAUAGAUAAACUAAAUCUUAAGAUGACUUCACAGGAUGAGGAGGCUCAUGUAAUGAAAAAGACCAUAGGUGUCAUUGAUAAAGAAAAAGACUUUCUACAGGAGACUGUAGAUGAGAAGACAGAAAAGAUUGCCAAUUUGCAAGAAAACCUAGUUAAUAAAGAAAAAGCUAUUGCUCAGAUGACGAUAACAGUCUCAGAGUAUGAAUUAUCUAUGAACCAGCUAAAGGAAACAUUGACUAAUCGAGAACGUGAGAUAAGCAGUCUCCGGCGCCAGCUUGAUGCAGCUAACAAAGAACUUGAUGAAGUAGGAAGAUCAAGAGAAGUAUCUUUUAAGGAAAACAGAAGAUUACAAGAUGAUCUGGCUACAAUGGCAAGAGAAAACCAGGAAAUCUCACUGGAAUUGGAAGCAGCAGUACAAGAAAAAGAAGACAUGAAGAACAGAGUUCAUAAUUACAUAACUGAGGUGUCACGAUGGGAGAGCUUGAUGGCUGCUAAGGAAAAAGAAAAUCAAGAUUUGUUAGAUAGAUUUCAGAUGCUCCAUAACCGGGCUGAAGACUGGGAGGUGAAAGCCCAUCAGGCCGAGGGAGAAAGCAGCUCAGUUCGACUGGAACUUCUUUCUAUUGACACAGAGAGGAGACACCUUCGAGAAAGAGUGGAGUUAUUAGAAAAAGAAAUUCAAGAGCACAUAAAUGCCCACCAUGCUUAUGAAUCUCAGAUCUCGUCAAUGGCAAAAGCCAUGUCUAGAUUAGAAGAAGAGCUGAGACAUCAAGAAGAUGAGAAAGCAGCAGUUUUAAAUGAUUUGUCAUCUCUUAGAGAACUUUGCCUAAAGCUUGAUUCAGGCAAAGAUAUUAUGACCCAACAAUUGAAUUCCAAAAGCCUUGAGUUUGAGAGGGUUGCAGUGGAAUUAGAAAAUGUAAAAUCGGAAUCAGACCUGUUAAAAAAACAACUCUUGAAUGAGAGACAUACAGUUAAAAACCUGGAAUCAUUGUUGGCUACAAAUAGAGACAAAGAAUUUCAUUCUCAUUUAACCUCCCACGAGAAGGAUACAGAAAUUCAGCUACUUAAAGAGAAGUUAACCCUUUCAGAAAGCAAAUUAACUAGUCAAAGCCGGGAAAAUACCAUGCUUCGAGCUAAAGUGGUACAGUUACAAACAGAUUUUGAUGCUUUGAAAAGACAGAUUUCAGCUGAAAGAUAUGAACGGGAACGAGCAAUCCAAGAGAUGCGCCGCCAUGGCCUUCCCACACCACCCUUUAGUUCUACUCUGAGGUCUCCUCCACAUUCUCCUGAACAUCUAAAUGUGUAA